UCUCAAUUUCAUCACAACCAACUUACCUAGUUAUUGAAGAGAGCGCACUCGUUUUGGUUAUAUUUUGAACCGUACAUUUGUUUGGCAUGGAGGUCAUAUCUCUUGACGAGGAGCUUAUUUGCGCCGUCUGCCGUGACAUAUUUGUCGAGCCUGUGACUUUGCCCUGCGGUCAUAAUUAUUGUGAAGGCUGUGUGAAGCAGUUGAAAAGAUCUGCGGUGAAAGUCGAAAACAUCAAUGCCGAGGGUGGAUUCGAGAGAUUGUGUAUAUGUUACACCUGUCCUCUUUGCCUUGCACCGUGCGAUUCAACGUUAAACUUGAAAAAUAACGUGGUACUUAACAACAUAAUUGAAAAGUACCACAGUAAACGUGCAAGCGGUAUCGACUGCACUGUUUGCAAAGGUGAUUCUCAGAGGAUGUUCGCAGAAAAGAGUUGUGUCAGCUGCGAAGAGUCAUAUUGCACCGUCCACAUCAUACCACACUUGGAGAACGCUGUACUGCGCCAACACGUUCUGGUGAGCCCGAUGGGCGACACUGGCAGACUCUGCAAAGAGCACGGGAAGGAACAGGAACUUUACUGCGAGACAGACCAGACCCCCCUGUGUGCCUACUGCAUGCUAUCUGCCGAGGCCAAGCACCUGGAUGGGCACAAUGUCGUGAAACUGGCAGAUGCACUGGAUACUUUAAGGGGGAACUGUCACGUCAAACUUCAGGGUAUUAAAGAGAGGCUGACUGAAGUAAAGAAUGGCCUGGCAAAAAUUGAUGAAGCUGCUUCGCGUUCCAAGGCCAGUCUGGAGAGGCAGCAAAGUGAGUGCACAGCCUUCCUGCGCAGAAUCAAGCUGUUCCUGGAGUUUGAGGAGCAGGCGUGGCAGAAGAGGUUCUCUGUGGAGAUGGUGCAGGAGAGCAGGAAUGGGAAGCAGCGGACAGAGGGGCUGAGGAGGCUGCAGGACAGGCUGACACAGGCACAGGACACCCUGCUGAAGACUCAGACCAUCAGUGACCCCCUGGUGCUGCUCCAGCUCUUGAAGAAUGAGGAGUGGGCAGACCUGCUUCAAAGGGACAUUUGUUCCCGUCAGAUGCAGAAGCUUAGUAAUUGGAGUGGAACCAAGCUUGUGGCUUCAUCUAUCACCCCCCUAUUCCAGACUCUCCAGAAAACAUUUCAAGGAGAUGUCAUUUUGUUUUCUGAAUUAAGUGCCCACCCUAAACUGAAGUUGGACCCUGACUCUGGCUCUGUGUGGGUGACUGAGGAGGACCAGCGACAUGAGGAACCAUGUUACCUUGAUCGGCCUUACUGUGUGAUGGGAGUCAUUAUCUCUUCCAAGGGUGUGCACAAUUGGGAGGUGGAAGUAGAGGGGCUCUCCUCUUGGGCCGUCGGUGUAGCUUUCCUUGGCCCAUCCCAGAUAGCGGUGACCUGCAAGCUCGGCAGUGAUGACCAGUCAUGGAGUCUGAGUUACAGCAAGAGCAAGCAGCAGUUCUCUGCCCAGCAUGACUGGCUGGCAUUUGCGUUCCAUGCACCGGACUCCAACCCACCCAGACGGAUCGGGGUCUUUCUGGAUGUGGACAGUGGAAUCCUGAGCUUCUAUGAUGCAGUGAGGAUGGCGUGUCUCUACACAUUCUACUGUACACUGGAUCAGGAUUCAGCCAGCCAAACUUACCUCAGACCAGCCUUCUGCCCUAGGCUGAAGGAGGAUGACCAGCCACUGUCGACUAAGCCAAUGAGGGUGCUGCGCCCAGUCUCAAACUUUUAGGCACUACAACCAACACGGUAUCCUUCACACUAAUACUUUCACUAGCAGCUAGCUAGCAUGCUUUUCUUUUUGUUCCAAAUGCUUAGUUUGAAACACUGACCAUUGAAUAUUUUGAAAUUUAAGAAAAUAUGGAGAACCUGUUUUUGUAAAUCCACUCAAACUGUUACACAGCUUAAAAUGACCCUACAGUUUGGCAAAAUCCCCAAAUCUAGUAAAUUGUCAGAGCCUUUGAAUGUCUUGUAAGUGAACUAAUUAGAUAAAUAUAUGCAGUGUGCAUAGUAGAGGUUGACCGAUUUAAUCGGAAUGGCUGAUUUAAUUAGGGACGAUUUUUCAAGUUUUCAUAACAAUCGGUCAUUUUGGACGCUGAUUUUGCUGAUUUAAAAAUAUCUUCUUUAUUUAACUAGGCAAGUCAGUUAAGAACACAUUCUUAUUUUCAAUGACGGCCUAGGAACGGUGGGUUAACUGCCUUGUUCAGGGGCAGAACGACAGAUUUUUACCUUGUCAGCUCAGGGAUACAAUCUUGCAACCUUACGGUUAACUAGUCCAACGCUCUAACCACCUGCAUCACGAGGAGCCCGCCUGUUACCUGAAUUCAGUAAGAAGCCAAGGUAAGUUGCUAGCUAGCAUUAAACUUAAUCAAUCAUAAUCACUAGUUAUAACUACACAUGGUUGAUGAUAUUACUAGUUUAUCUAGCGUGUCCUACGUUGCAUAUAAUAGCUGCAGUGCGCAUUUGCGAAAAAGGACUGUUGUUGCUCCGUGUACCUAACCAUAAACAUCAAUGCCUUUCUUAAAAUCAAUACACAAAUGUAUAUUUUCAAACCUGCAUAUUAACUAAAAGAAAUCCAGGUUAGCAGGCAAUAUUAACCAGGUGAAAUUGUGUCACUUCUCUUGCGUUCAUUGCACGCAGAGUCAGGGUAUAUGCAACAGUUUAGGCCGCCUGGCUCAUUGCGAACUAAUUUGCCAGAAUUUUACGUAAUUAUGACAUAACAUUGACUUUUGUGCAAUGUAACAGGAAUAUUUAGACUGAUGGAUGCCACCCGUUAGAUAAAAUACUGAAUGGUUCCGUAUUUCACUGAAUGUAUAAAUGUCUUGUUUUCGAGAUGAUAGUUUCCGGAUUCGACCAUAUUAAUGACCUACGGCUCUGUUAUUAUGUUAUAUUUAAGUCUGAUUUGAUAGAGCAGUGUGACUGAGCGAUGGUAGGCAGCAGCAGGCUCAUAAGCAUUCAUUCAAACAGCACUUUCAUGCAUUUUGCCAGCAGCUCUUCGUAAUGCUUCAAGCAUUGCGCUGUUUUAUGACUUCAAGCCUAUCAACUCCCGAGAUCAGGCUGGUGUAACGAUGUGAUGUGAAAUGGCUAGCUAGUUAGCGGGGUGCGCGCUAAUUGCGUUUCAAACGGCACUCGCUCUGAGACAUGGAGUAGUUGUUCCCCUUGCUCUGCAAGGGUAACGCUGCUUCGAGGGUAGCUGUUGUCGUUGUGUUCCUGGUUCGAGCCCAGGUAGGAGCGAGGAGCGGGACGGAAGCUGUACUGUUACACUGGCAAUACUAAAGUGCCUAUAAUAGUCAAAGGUUAAUGAAAUACAAAUUGUAUAGAGAGAAAUGGUACUAUAAUAACUACAACCUAAAACUUCUUACCUAGGGUUAUUGAAGUGUUAAAAGGAACCACCAGCUUUCAUAUGUUCUGAGCAAGGAACUUAAACGUUAGCUUUCUUACAUGGCACAAUGCACUUUUACUUCAACACUUUGUUUUUGCAUUAUUUAAACCAAAUUGAACAUGUUUCAUUAUUUAUUUGAGGCUAAAUUGAUUUCAUUGAUGUAUUAUAUUAAGUUAAAAUAAGUGUUCAUUCAGUAUUGUUAUUGUCAUUAUUAUAAAUAAAAAUUGGCCAAUUAAUCUGUAUCGGCCCUUUUUUGGUCCUCCAAUAAUCGGUAUCGGCGUUGAGAAAUCAUAAUCGGUCGACCUCUAGUGCAUAGCAUCUGAGCAUCAGCAAUGUGUUGUCUUUUUCUACAUGUUUCCUGCCAGACUAGACUACCAAAUCUACAAAUGCUUAUUGACAGGUGUUUAGUUUAUAUUUCUUGUGGUCCUCUGUUGGAUUGUUCCUCUUAACACUGCAUUAAAAUAACUUUGUCCUAUUA